CAGCACGCCCUCCAGAUAGCGCAAACACACACACACACUCGCGCGCGCACACACAGUCCGAGUGGGGAUUUCCACCCAAGCGUUUGUUUCCUUCACUUGUUUUGCUUUCGAUCUGAGGAGCGAAAUCAAAUCCAUUUGACUUUUCCUUUUGUUAUCGAGAACUACAAAUUGUCAACACUCCAAAGACUCCUCGCGUUUAUACCCGGAGUGAAAUCUGCACGCGUAGCAGGCCACCAUGCCAGUGGAGAGAAUGCGUAUGAGGCCGUGGUUGGAAGAGCAGAUAAACUCUUGUCAAAUACCAGGGCUUAAAUGGGUCAACAAGGAGAAGAAAAUAUUCCAGAUUCCGUGGAUGCAUGCCGCACGUCACGGCUGGGAUGUGGAGAAAGAUGCCCCUCUCUUUCGAAACUGGGCCAUACAUACAGGAAAAUAUAUGCCAGGUGACAAACCGGACCCCAAAACGUGGAAGGCAAACUUCCGGUGUGCGAUGAACUCUCUGCCGGAUAUUGAGGAGGUGAAAGACAAAAGCAUUAAAAAGGGAACAAAUGCCUUCAGGGUGUACAAGAUGCUCUCCGCAUCUGAGAGACAUUCAAAAAGAGGGAAAAAGAGGGCGAUAGAAAAAGAAGAAAAGAUCAAGACAGAGCGGACAUGUCCUCCACCUUUGGGAUGGGAAAACAGUAAUGGCUCUUUACCCUGUAAAAUCCCGGUCACAGUCAAGCAGGAGGCGGAUUACUCCGGAACAGAUACCGAUGGGCGGAGUCCUACGGACGACCACCUGAUCAUUAAUGAUCUGCCUGACGUCUGUCAGACCAUCGAGGUGGUGACAGAAAAUGAGGAGCAGACCGUGACAUCCAGUGACCUUUAUCCUUUACAGAUCUCUCCUGUCUCCUCGUAUGGAGCAGAGAGCGAUACAGACAGCGUUCACAGCUAUGAAGACUCUAAAGAGCAAGUUCAGGCGUAUCUGUUUGCAAAUGAAGACAAGAAACCUCUGAUGAUGAGUUUGCCUGGCAUGUCCUCUUUCAUCUCCCCUGACAAGCCCAACUUCAAGAUAACCACUGUUCAAGAGCAAGUGCCUUCUUCUCUACACGCCCCCUUCCCUACUGGACCUCACUGGAACAUCUUGAACUCCUCUUUCCCUUCGCCCCACACGCCCGGACCGUCCGCCGUCCAGCCGCCCGUUCACGAGAAACGCGCCAGUGUGAUCAUGAAAACCUCAGACGUGUCCAAAUCCUCGGUCAAGAGCUGCUGAUGAUGUCUGGAUGAUAGCUGGACCCGACCGAGGUGCGGACACGCGCAGAACACUAUUGUAGCCUUUGAGAUAGGACCUAAAAGAGCUCACAGGACAACAUUGCCUUAAAGGACUUUCUCUGGACCGUCCGAGCUCGUCAGUAAGUGACGCGUGAGCUUAAAUUCAGGGAGAUUUGAAGCGCAGUGAUGUGAAACCGUAAGUUGCUGUAGUGUCUAGAUCGCAAGCCAUUGUGAAUGUGUAUAUAGAGGGGUCAUGACCUAAUUGCCUUUAGCCACCUGAGCACCUUAUGGAAAAGCAUUGGCUGUGAUAAUCAAUGACUAUAGUAGUUUGUGAUGGAGGGGAAAUAGCUUUAGGAGCUUUUAUGUAGCUCCAGCAAAUCCAGAAAAAAUGAUGCACAUAGAUGGCACUUAAUGGCAUAAUCUUAACUUAUCCUCAUACGUUUAUCACGAGCCAAUAUAUUUUUAUACUUUAGGGAUCUUUAUACAAUGGAUAAUGUAUGAUACAAAUGCCAUUUUAUGUAAUUGGCCUUAUCAUGUAUGAAAUUUAGUGUAAAUUUGUGGUUUUUAUGAAAAAACAAAGCACUUCUUUUUAUGUUUUUUUUUUUUAAAGUAGGGUAGAAGAUUUUAUGCGUCUCUUUCUACUGUAUAUGUGAACACAAUGAUAUAUGUAUAUGUUUUGUGUGUAUAUGUCUAAAUGUUGGGUAUGUGAGCCCCAGAUAAUGUGUGUAUAUACGUAAAGAUAUACACACAAGGGCUUUUAAUUCUGUGGAUCACAGAAAGUUUCAUGAGAGAUUUCCUCAAGAUUGUGGUGUGAUAAAAUCAUGUUAUCAUAAAAAUAAAUGGAAACUCUGCUGAAGUAAGAUUA